CACUUGGCGUCUGUAAUAGCGAGAGAAUUGUUACAAUCGGAUCCCCUUGCAUGCCUUGUCCAUGAUAAAGAUGGAAGGACCCCACUUCAUCUGGCCACGAUGAAGGGCCGAAUCCACAUCCUGAUAGAGCUGGUCGUCAUGCCUUGUCCAUGAUGAAGAUGGGAGGACCACCACUUCAUCUGGCCACGAUGAAGGGCCCAAUCAACAUCGUGAUAGAACUAGUCCUCAUGUAGAUGCUUUCGAAUUUGAGCCAUACCUCUGGAGUGGAUUCAAUUUCCGCCAUGUAUUGAAGGGCAUCGUCUGAUAUGGCUCAAUUGGAUCGCAUUGCACGCCCUCUCCUCCAUGUUGGCCCAGUCAUCAUAAGUGAUGCUAUCCGACUUGUUCAAUCUUCCCAAAAGAACCUUCGACAAACUCAGUUGAGGACGGAUUGCAUCAUCGUAUUUUUCCACACUCUUUACUUUUCAACAUUGUGGAAGCAUGCAAGAAUCUUCUUUAAUCUCACGCGUUUGUGUCGCUGCUCUGCUCUUUCCAGCAUGUAAAUGCUAUGUAAGACUCACGUUAUAGCAUCUUAUAUAUAGUUAACAGUCUCAACCCUUGACAUUCCAACUCCAAGGAUGCCUAGAAAGAAAAAGAGAGAUCGUGCGUGGACCAAAAGCUUCAGGUGAUUAACCCAAGCGACUUCGCGUUCACCACAAGCUGGGAACAAUGCCAUUGAUCACAAGCCCGAGAAGAAGGCCGCCAUCCCCGCCAUCGCAUCAACAAGCUUCCUCAGCAUCUGAAAGAAGACACCGAGAGAAGAGGCUCUAUGAAGCGUCGCUUGGUGGGUGUGUCGAGUCGUUAGCUCAGUUGCUGCAAGAAGACCAACUCAUCCUGGCUCGGGCUUCCGUCACUUGCUUCGACGAGACACCAUUGCAUGUGGCCUGCAUGCUCGGUCAUGUACAUUUUGCCAAGGCUCUUCUGGCUCAUAAAAGGGAUUUGGCUAUGGAGUUGGACUCGCAGGGACGUAUGCCUCUUCACUUGGCGUCUGCGAACGGAUAUGUCGAAAUAGUGAGGGAAUUGUUACAAUCAGACCCCCUCGCAUGCCUUGUCCAUGAUGAAGAUGGGAGGACCCCACUCCAUCUAGCCAUGAUGAAGGGCCGAAUCAACAUCGUGAUAGAGCUGGUGAAGGCAAGACCGGAGGUGGCCGAGCAUAGGCUGAGCCACGGCCAAACCACUCUCCAUUUGGGAGUGAGACAUAAUCGUUUGGAGACUCUGAAAGUCCUAGUGGAGAUGGUGAGAGAUGGUGAUUUGGUGAAUGCUCAAGAUGAUGAGGGUAAUACCAUUUUGCAUUUGGCCGCAGCAAACAAGCAAAUAGAGACAGUGAAAUAUCUACUUCAAAGAAGAGAAGUGGAUGUCAACACAACGAAUAGAAAUGGCUUCUCUGCUCUGGAUAUAGUGGAACAUUUUCCAAAGGAUUUCAAAGUCAUUGAAUUGAGAGAACUGUUAGUACAUGCUGGAGCUUCGAGAGCCAUAAGAUUACCUAUAUUGACAACUCACCAAGCAAUUGUUGAUAACACAAAUGAGGAAAAUUCAAUUGUUGUAGUUGACCUAGCAUCUGUAGCACCUCCCUCCACCAAUACUCCUCCGAUAAAGGCGUUUCCGCCAGAGUCUUUCUCAGGUGAUAUCAGGAAGCAGAAGGAAGACAAACCCGAGGAAUGGAUCGAGAAGAAGCGCAAUUCUUUGAUGAUAACUGCCACCGUGAUCGCAGCCAUGGCUUACCAAGCAGGCCUUAGCCCUCCCGGCGGCUUGUGGAACGACGAUCAGAAAGCAAAAGACGACACCAUCUUAUACUACGCAGGAACAUCGAUAAUGGCUGCAAACAGUCAAGAGAUUUCCCCACGUUUUUGGACAUGCAACACCGUCUCUUUUCUUGCAUCCCUUAGCACGAUCUUCUUGCUCAUGAGUGGCUUGCCCUUGGGGAAGAAGGUUUGAUGUGGAUUCUGACGGCCACAAUGUGGGUGACCAUCAUUUUCAUGGCCCUGACUUACCUCUAUUCCAUGAUGGCCAUCUCGUGCAUACACAGGGGACCUACACAUGUGAAACCGAUGACAGGGGGUUGGUACUCCGUGGAUUCGGGGUCAACCACGGUGGUUACGUUCUCCUCGUCUAUUUGGCUCGGCAUUGUAGCCAUUGUUUUUUUAGUUCACACCGUUCGAUUCCUCACGAUCAUCCUCCGGAAUGUGAAAGAUCCGCAAAAGCUCAAGAAGUGGAUAUCAGGGUGUGUGAGUUGGUGCAGAUCUAGGGGCACUGUCAAGAUCUAGUGUAUUCAUCUGGUG